AUGGAUGCUCUAGUCAGAGAGGAUGAAGAUGAAGGUCAUGUUACGGAGGCAGACAGUGGGGCUUAUCUGUCUGUUAGGUCAAACAAAGAUGAUGUGGAUAAAAGAUGCAACAGCAAACUCCCAGUGACAAACUUGUCGUGCAGUACAACAACCAAUGAGAUCCAGAGAAAAGAGGAGCCUUUGUUCCAUGUUGAAGAGAAGAGAUUCAUGAUCUACAUAUGCGGUGGAUACAAAGAUACAGCUGAAGAGAGAAGUGCGCUCAUGGAGAACAUUUAUCCCAGACUGUACCUGUACUGUAAGCAGAGAGGCUACGACUUCAGGAUGGUCGACCUCCGCUGGGGGGUAGAUUCACCUGUUGCUGAACGCCACGACACUGUAGAGCUGCAUGUGGAGAAUCUCCGGCAAUGUCAGGAAACCCAGGGUCCAAAUUUUAUUUUGUUUGUUGGACAGAAGUAUGAGGUCCUGAGCCUUCCCUCCACCAUCACCAGAGAAGUCUUUGAGGCCAUAGUGACAGUGUUGGAGAGAGACCAACAGCAAACGUCCAAGAACAAACCAGUGGAGGACUUUCCUGCCUCGGGCUCACAGUCCAGCAUCACUACAGACAGCAGCUCUGGCAGUUUUGUCCAGGAUUCCAUUUACAGGGAUGAUCGGAAGUUUGGAGAAGAGGCUACAAUCUCAGGACUGCUGAGCCAGAACUCUCACAAGUCAUUUCUAAGAGAGGAGAAGGGCAGACACAGCCCUGAAGGGAGCCCAGGGGAUUUGGACAAAGACCUAACAUUACUCCAGAGAUGCUACAAGCUGGACGAGAAUUGCCUUCCUCCUGUCUACCGCUUACUUCCCAUCAGCUCCCAUCAUCCUGACAUACUGAGCAUGGAUGGGGAGCACAGGAGGCAGGCCAGGAAGAACUGGAGCGCUACCUGCCGCAGACUGUGGGGAGUUCUACAGCACAGUGCAGUUGAAGCACUUGGACAAGAGGAGGCAUCACUGGUACUUAGAACAGUUCUUGACUGGGAGCUAGAGACAGGCCUGAGGUCUGUAGACAAGGCUCCACCAGAGGAGCACUGCCACUGCUACAACAGACUCAUCCCAGACCUUUACUGCAACCUGAAGGAUGACCAUGCUGCUCAGUAUACUAACCUCCUGGAAGUACGAGCUCAGCUCGAUCCAGUUCUCAGCACAGCACACCACAGAUUUAUGGACCGGCUCCAUGGAAAGCUGCGCCACACCAAUAUUUAUGAGCGUACUGUUGGAUGGGGACGAAGAGGCCUGAACCCCAAACAUAAUGGCUCACUCCAGUUCUACACCAAGCGCAUCUCCUCCCAUUUUCAAAGGACUGUUAUCAGCUCGCUCAACAAAGUAAUUAAGGUCUCCAAAACUCAAGGCUCUUUGGACACAGUGAGGAGAGAAGCUGUCAGAGUGCAGAUACAGGAGGAGAUACAAUAUCACGUCAACUAUGGACUCCAUCUGGGGAAGGGCUGUACUUUGAGGCAAGCUUUCCUAGAUGAUGUGAAGAAGGCAGUGGAGCAGUCGAAAAACAGACCCAUCCUCCUGGUGGGACCACAAGGCUGGGGAAAGAGCACCACCAUGGCUGCAGUAGCACAGCUAGCGCCCUCUUGGCUACCUGGAGCUGUGAAGAUAUUGGUGCACUUCAUUGGCUUGACUGGAGAGAGCAGAAACAUUCGUCUGGUCCUGCAGAGUCUUUGUAUCCAGCUGGCUGAAGCCUACAGUCCCCACACACAGCUGUCAGAGGGCCUCCCUCAGCUGAUCAACGAGUUCCACUCUCUGUUGGGCCUGGUGGGAGCAGAGAGAUCCCUGAUGGUCCUGCUGGAUGGGUUAGAUGAACUGUCUGAGGAACAUGAUGCAGACCUCUCCUGGAUCUCAACCCCUUUACCUCCAAACGUCCACCUCAUCCUAUCUGCAACCACUGACUCUCCCUGUACUCACACUCUGCAGUCAGCCCAUCCCACAGUCUUGUCCCUCCCUCCACUCAGUCCUGAUGACAUCACAGCAGCAUUAGAGACCAAGCUGCGGACUGAUCAGAGGUGUUUGCAGGAGCAGCAGUGGCAGCUGCUGGUCCAGGCUUGUCUGUCCUGUCCCUGCCCUCUUUACCUGGAGGCAGCUUAUUCUGAGAGCAGGCUCUGGACCUCCUACUCUUCACAGGUCAGCCUCAGUCUUCCCGCCAGCCUGGAGGGCCUUUACUUUAGCCUGUUGGCUCGUCUGGAGAGAGAGCUGGGGAGGCAGCUGGAGUUACUGGAACUAUUGGCCCGAGAUGAGAAGGUGCUCCAGGAAGUGACCUCAUGUCACUCCUCUCCCAGCCACUCCAGGGUGCCUUAUGUGUUGUGGGCUCGGCUGAAGCAUGACCUCGGUCAACACCUAACUGAGGUCAGGACAGAUAGGACAUGGGUGUACCGCUGGACGCACUGUGAGCUGGGCGAUGUGUGCAUUAAGCACUAUCUAAAAACAGAUGAUUCUCGUAUGGCUGUGCACGCAGACUACGCUGACUACUACAGAGACAAGUCACAACAUGCACACAUAUUUCAGCCACUGGCAUGGACGCUGGAUGAGGAAGAGGAUUGUGAAGGUAUGACAAAAAGUUACAGGUUCAACCUGAGAAAGCUUCACGGGUUACCCUACCACCUGGUCCGCUCCAGCCAAAUCCUGUCCUUCCUGUCUGAAUGUAUUUUCAACUAUGAGUUCCUGUUACAUAAGGCCUGGGGUCUGUCUGUCCUGGACAUCGAGGAGGACCUGAAGAAGGCUGUGCUGCCAGACAAGGUGCUGGUGGAUGUGGAAGUGUUGUCGGGUGCUCUGGAGAUGUCCAGAGAGGUGCUGCUGCAGGACCCCUGUCAGCUGGCCUCCCAGCUUAUGGGUCGACUGGGACAAAUGGUUAUUGAGGACCGUCCUGUUGCUAAAGGUGACCCACUGAAGUUCAGCUACCUCCAUUCUAUACUGGCUCAGUGCACCCAGUCCUCCCUGCCUGUGUUGCUGCCCUCCUCCACCUGCUUGCUCCCCCCAGGAGGCCUUCAACACACCCUGCUUGCAGGUCAUUUGACCAAUGUGACUGCCUUGGGAGGGGCGCAGAGAGGACCCUUUGCUGUCACCAGUGAAUCAGAUGGCAGCCUGAGGUUUUGGGAUCUGGAGCAGAGGCGGAUCAUCAGGAGCCUGGACCCGGUGGGGGGAGUCGUGGGAGAUUCAAUCACCCUGGGUCUGGAUGAUAGGAUGCUUAUAAUCUGCAUGGGACAAAGUCUGCAGGUGAGAGAAGUUGAAUCUGGGCGAGUUGUGUAUUCAGAAAGUGACUCAGUGGAUGUUCCCAUAGUCACCACGACUUGUGAAGGACAGCUGCUGGUGAUCUUCUAUGAUGGAAGUCAUCGAGUCAAGGUUUUUGACCUGGCUUCCUCCUGUUCUCUGCUGCACUGCACUGCCAUUUCUAUGGAGCAUGAGGCAAUCCACAAAGACCGCUCUAUUCUGCUGUCCAACAGCUCCAUCAGAGACUACGUCCUCUUUGCCUACAGGUCUGGUUCUGAGGCUGCAGUAUUCAGUGCCAGAGGGGGCGCUGUGCUGUCUGUCCUGUCUGCGCAGCAUGGUGCUGCCUCAAUACAAGCUGUGGAGAUGACUGAAGACUACCUGCUGCUCUUCUGCAGAUACCCAUACAAGAGAGGCAGUGAAAUCAUCCACAUCGAACUCUUCAGCACUGUGUCCUUCCUCUACCUGCGGUCUAUACUGGGCUGCAGCCAGGACUGCAUUUCCCAGGUCUCUGGCAACCAGGCGGGGACUCAUGUCGUGGCCUUUUGCCCCUCCCCUCAUACCGGCAUCACUGAGCUGGUCACCUGGAACCUGGAGACAGAGGACCACAAACAUAUCACUCGCUUCCCUGCAGUACUGACCAAAGGCCUGUGCUUUGAUCUGCGUCUCUGCCUGGGGAUCUGCAGUGGGGAAAAGUACCUUCGCCUGUGGGAUCUGACCUCCAGGAUCAAUGACCAGGCUCUGACCUAUAACAUCCAUAAGCCCAGGAGUGAGGGCACAGAGGAGAUCAUCCCGAUGGGGAAAACCCCGAGGUAUGCUGUGUGCCGCUCUGUGAGAGCUGGGACUGUGUAUGUUUGGAAUCUGACCAGACGGCAUUUUGCCUGCCGACCAGUCAGAGUGGAGCACGGCCUCUACAGCAGCACUGAUGUGGUGCUCACCCAUGACUUCAAGCUUUACAUCCUAACAGACAGAAGCAUGGACGCCCCCUCACAUCCAUUCAAGACUCUCCUGGUGUAUGAUUUGAUUAAGCGGAGCUAUGUGAGGAGACAGACUGGGAUCACAGUUAUUCCCUGUCCUCAGCAUGAGUACCGUCUUCUAGAGGAUGGACAGACUCUUCUGGGUCUCUCAGACACCAGAGAUCAUCUGAUCCUUUGGGAUCUGGACUCUGGCUCUAUAAAACAUGAGAUCAAACCAUCCCACAGAGAGUCGCUCCUUUGCAGCAGCUCUGUCCAACACCUGCAGCCUGAUGUGACACCACGCAGAGAGACAACAUUGAUGCUGUGGGACAUUCGAACAGAGAGCCAGUCUGCAAAGAAGAGGAGGCUGGAGAGAGAGGCACAGAGGGAGAGAGAGGCAAAAAGGAGGCUGGACAGAGAGAAAUACAACUCUAUACACCAAUACCUCAUCAGUGGAGGUGAACAGGUGGUGGUGUGCUCUUAUUUUGCUCACCACCUCAACGUCUUCAGCAUGGUUUCACAAGAACACCUCCACACACUGGAGGAUAAACCAUCACUGCUGAGCCUCCACACUGCAGCUAUUACUUACACUGGCAGCCACCUGGUGCUGACCAGCUACAACCGAGAGCAGAGGACCCCCUACAUCACACUGUGGGACCUGCACACAGGAACAGUGGGCUGUCACUGUUUGUUACAGUUUGCAAUGCUCUUAUAUGUUCAGUUUUAAAUACUUAUUAUUUGUGUUUCUCAGUUCUCUGAUGACCAAAAUAGGCAAUUUGUGAUUGACUUGUGGAUGAUUUGAUUUCAUGCUGCUCUCAGGUUAUGCUUUGUACAAAUUGUUUUAGGUGAGGAAGAGACUGAGCAGUGAGGGUGGAGUUUGCUGUGUAGCUAUCACAGACAGUGCAGACAGAGUGGUCUUUGGGGCCACAGGAAGCAACAGACUGAAGGUGUGGGACCCCUUCAGGGGAAAGUAUAGGAGCAUCAGUGGGUAUGGGAACCUGACGAUAGAAGUCUCCAGUAAGCUUUACGUUACAGAGGGAGGAAGCAGAGCCAUCCUGCUGUCAGGACAGCUGAGCCUGUGGGACCUGGAGGCAUGUAGCGUCUUGUCUGUGAUCUCCCUGGAUGCACAUGUCCACUGUAUGAGGCUGCUUCCUGGAUGCCAGGUUUCCAUCCUGCUCGGUCUCAGCCACAGCCCCGCCCUCAUCAGCGUCAGGGCAACAUCCAGGACUGUCAGCUCAGCAACUCAAGUCCCUAAAGAUGAAGACCUGUUUGGAGAGUCCAGCAGCAGUGAGGAAGAGGAGGAAGACUCCUGAAAAUUCAACGUUUUACACCUCCUUAUAUAUAUAAUAUUUUUGCAGUCCUUGUUGAGCUUUUUAUCAAGUGGUCUCCCUGAUGUGUUUGAAAUUAAUUAUUAUAAUUUGAAUUUCUCUUUAACUAAUCCUCCAAAUUCAAUGUAAAAUCACCAAUAUUUUUUUUGUUGUGACUGCAUCCUUUCAGGAUCUCUGUGAGUUGAUCAAAAAAUGUAUC